GCAGAUGAAGAUCAAAUGUUCUACUACUUUAUCAAAUCUGAGAGUAAUCCAGAAGAAGACCCUCUUCUUGUCUGGUUAACUGGAGGACCUGGCUGCUCUUCUUUCUUUGGUCUUGUUUAUGAGAAUGGGCCUCUUGCUUUCAAGGUUAAGGCCUACAAUGGAAGUAUCCCCACGUUGUUCUCCACUACAUAUUCAUGGACAAAGGUUGCGAAUAUAAUAUAUUUGGAUCAACCUGUUGGAACUGGCUUCUCCUACUCAAAAAAUCCACUUGCUGAUAUACCAAGUGACACAGGAUCAGCUAAGCGGGUAGACGAGUUUCUUCGUAAGUGGCUAGCCAAGCAUCCUGAGUAUUUCUCCAAUCCUUUCUAUGUCACCGGUAAUUCUUAUGCCGGUAAGGUGAUCCCGGCAAUCGUUCACGAAAUCUCAAAUGGGAAUUGUAUAUGCUGCAAACCUCAAAUAAAUCUUCAGGGAUAUGUGCUCGGAAGCCCGGUAACAGACCCUGAUCUUGAUACAAACUCACGCAUUCAAUUUGCUCAUGGAAUGGCACUCAUCUCUGAUGAACUAUAUGAGUCAAUGAAGAGAAGCUGUGGAGGAAACUAUAUUAUUGUAGAUCCUCUUAACACAGAAUGCUUGGAACUCAUUGAAGACUAUGACAAGUGUGUUUCUGGAAUAUUUGAAAACCAUAUUCUAACACCAAAAUGUGACAGUACAUCUCCUGAUUGCCACUUGUAUGGUUAUAAGCUAUCCGAAUACUGGGUCAAUAAGGAGAGCGUACGCAGAGCACUUAAAGUUGUGGAGGGUACUACAGGUAAAUGGGUACGAUGUAAAUGGAGUUUGCAAGUAAAUAAAGACAUUAAAAGCAGCAUACCAUACCAUAAGAAGAAUAGCAUCGAAGGCUAUCGAUCUCUCAUCAUCAGUGGUGAUCACGACAUGCUAACGCCUUACGUUGGAACUCAAGACUGGAUAAGGUCUCUCAACUAUUCCAUUAUUGACAAAUGGACGCCAUGGAUGAUACACGAUCAAGUCGCUGGGUACACUACGACCUAUGCUAACAAGAUGACAUUUGCCACUGUGAAAGGAGGCGGGCACACGUUAGAGUAUAAACCGGAGGAGUCUUCAAUCUUGUUCAAAAGGUGGAUAAGUGGCCAACCACUUUAAAACACACAAACUUUAGUCUUGGAGUGGUCUUGUUGAUAUCGAAAAUGUUUGGUUUUGAUGCAUCAUCAUCUGAAAUUACAUUUUAGGUGUAAGAAAAAGAGUGU